AUGACCGAUAAACAUCAACGCUAUAAAGGCCGCGAUAUGAGCGAUUACGCCACCUUUCUCGGCGAGACGAUGGACACUGACGACGAGGCAUCUGCUGCAUUUGGCGCGGACGUGGAAGCUUGCGGUGACGCGACUCCUAUCUCGUCCAGCUCAGUAUGGGCUGACCAACCUUCAUCCAGUAUCCUGAACGCUGCUGGUAUGCAAGGUAACCCAGGAGUGGCGCGACACGACUUUGAUACAGUCGUGUACGCUAGGUCUUCUCCAAGUUCAAAGCUGAUCAAACCAGAGUUUGUGACGACCCAAGAAUUGAUUGCAGCUCGAAGCCGCAAUGAGUUCGGGGAAAUGUCGCAAGGAGAACCAAGACCCAUCAAAAUGGAGCCUCAAGAUGAGGUAUUCCUAUACGAUAUCCCAGUGGAUAAUGAUCAUGAAAACGACGAUGGCGCUUUGUUGCCAGACGCUCAAAACUACAGAUCGGCAGACUCUGCGAUGUCAGAUCUUGUAAGUUUUGGUGAGCUUGAUUUGGCUACAGCUGGGAUGGAAAAGCGCAAGUUCUCAGAAGAAAAUCCAGGUAUCCCCAAGGGCCAGAAACCCACAAAUUCAGAGGAUCCUCGUGCUUCAGAUGAAACACGAGAUCCCGACGUGACACUCAGUAUGCCGAACGCUGCUGAUGUCGCGUCGCGUUUGAAAGAGAGCGAAAUUCUUGCUUCUCCUCAAACGCGCAGGUUGAAGAGGUUGAGAACCACGGAUCCUGCAAGUUCAGAGGCUGAUGUGGCUUCAAGAAAGAAGUCAAUGUCAGAGUCCUCCUGUUCAGAGUCUGAUGUGGCUCCAAGAAAGAAGAAAAAGACCUCCAAGAAGGCUGGCAGCGGUGACUUUGAUCGCGAUCCGGAUUCCGGAAUCGACGACAAAGAAAUCCCCGAUAUCGAAGUUGUUUAUGAUGAAUACUGGACAGAACAAGACGAACAAACUCUCCGAGAUGAUUUUCAAGAUCCAGAUGAGUCCGUCUGCAAUGACGGAAUGUUUUCGCUCAUUCGCAAGACCGGGGCUCGAUUUGGCAUGAUGUCAUUCGACCUUGUUCCCGAGGGUGGUAUACCACAAACCGCCUCUAGUCAAUUUGUGCGGCAUUUGGGAAAGUGGUCAGAUGCACUGCUUUCAUCAAAAACCCGCAGUUCCUCAAGUAUUGUCUCGCUUUUGCGCGAUACAAUCGUUUAGGUAAGGAACAUCUAAAGCCCAGUACUGACGAUUUAGACUUGGAUGAAAACAGUCUCGUCGCAAAAUUCAAGAAGAAUGUACGUCAGAUCACUGGUGACCGAGAGGUGGAUGCCGGUUAUUUGAAAGCUUUCAAAAAGACACUCAAUCUUGUGUCCCAGAGGCCGACGCACUUCAAGAUGGCAAAGGUUUUGAAGGGCCUCAAGGUUGCUAUACCACGCCACAAAGGUGCAAACGCCGAGGCAAUCACCAAAGGAGAUCUUGAUAGGAUCUGUAAGGCAUGGGAUGAUUAUGCCACCAAAUCGCGGGAUUCCUCUUUGCAACUCAUGCAAGAUAUUCCAGAUAUCGCUCUGGCUCGUGGCCCAUCGAAGAAGGGGCAGAAUAAGCAUCAAGCUAUUGCACGAGAAAAACACAUUCAAUGGCUACUCAAUCGAGAACGCAUUUCGAGACGCGCCACGAACGAAAGUACCCGAUAA